AUGACGAGCUUCACUGAAAUUCUGUCCCAAAAUGAAGCUUCCAUCUAUACGUCUCCAGAUCAGGCGAUUUCGGAUAUCAACCCAUUGAUGUAUGGGGGAUUUACUGAACACAUGGGACGGUGUAUAUACGGCGGCAUAUAUGACCCCAAGAACGAAAACAACUUGAUCGACGAGAACGGGUUUCGAACAGAUGUUAUUGAUUGCAUGAAAGAGCUAAAAGUUCCUGUUGUUCGGUACCCCGGAGGAAAUUUUGUAGCGACCUAUCGUUGGCAAGAUGGGGUAGGGCCUCGAGAGAAACGUCCCAAGAGACCAGAAUUGGCUUGGUUGGGUACAGAGUCGAAUCAUUUCGGAACAGACGAGUUCAUGUUAUGGUGUGAGAAAGUUGGCGCUGAGCCGUAUCUGGCGCUGAACAUGGGGACCGGAACUUUGGAAGAUGCUCUUGCAUGGCUGGAAUACUGCAACUCCGAGCAAGAUACACACUAUGCCAACAUGCGACGAGCGAAUGGCCAUGAAAAGCCAUACAAAGUGAAAUACUGGGCACUUGGGAAUGAGAUUUGGGGCCCUUGGCAGGUUGAACAAGACACGAAAGAGCAUUACGCAAAAAAAGCGCAUCAAUGGGCGAAAGCACUCAAGCUUCUUGAUCCAUCCAUUACUCUUAUACUUUGUGGCAAAAACGGUCAUAGCGACUGGGAUCGAUAUGUUCUCCAAGAGUCAAUUCAAUGGAUUGACAUGCAUUCCAUACAUAUGUAUACAUUUGGAAGAGAGCAUUGUGAGAAUGUCACAUCACCAAAAGCAGCCGAGCGAGCAAUAGAGAUGACAUCGGCAAUGAUCGAUCUCGCACGUUGCGAUUUUGAUUACGAAGGUUAUAUGAGCGGAAGUAUCGACACGUCAGCGAAGAAACUGACCCGUCCAACUAUCUGCUUCGACGAAUGGAACGUGUGGGACCCAACACGCGCACCAGGCGACAAAGGGGCGGAAGAACUAUACGACCUCUCGGACGCGCUAGCUGUCGCAGUUUGGCUGAAUGUGUUCGUGCGGCAGGCCAAACAUAUUGGAAUGGCUACGAUCGCACAGAGCGUGAAUGUCAUCGCACCCCUGAUGACCACAGAGAGAGGCAUUAUCAAGCAGACUACAUACUGGCCACUGUUAUUGUUUUCCAAGUACAUGCGCGGGAAGUCCCUUGCCACACAUGUACGUUCUGCUGCUUAUAAGGGGAAAACAUUUCCCUCCUGGUUGGCGAGCACGAUGGAAUUGCCUCUUCUAGAUGUCUCGGCAGCCUUGAGUGAAGAUGGCUGGAUGAAUUUGGCGGUGGUGAACAUUUCCGAGACGGAGGCGAUGUCGACAACCUUGCCUGAAGUGGCUGGCCCAGUCGAGAUUUUUAUUGUGGGAGGCAAGAGCAAUCAUAUCAGAGACAAUAAUCAAGAGGGUGCUGAGAAGGUCACUAUUAGGGGAUCAUGUUGGGAUGGCCAUGGGAAGUUUACUUUUGAGGAGCAUAGCUUUACACUAUUAAGAUGGAAAUUGAGGACUUGUCGUCAGUAAUUACUCUGACCAUAGACUGAACAGAAUUGAGCAUCCUCC